ACACACACACACAGACUGACACACACACACACACACAGACUGACACACACACACACACACAGACUGACACACACACACACACACAGACUGACACACACAGACACACACACACUCCUCCACUGGACUCGCUGUAACUCCACAUGUGAACGUGAACGACCAUCUUUGGAUGUAGAGGACGGACAGAUGGAAGGACAGCGCUGUUUUUUAUCUUUACGCGGAGCUUUAUCUUUCUUCUUCUUCUUCUUCUUCUCUCUUCUGCUGGAGCCCGCGGCCACUGAUAUUCCCCCGUUUUACCCUUGGAGACAGCUCUGUAAGUUCUGUGAUCUGGAGCCGUCGCCGUGCGGCGGCACCGGCACCUGCAAGUCCAACUGCUCCAUCACAUCAAUCUGCAUAGACAGUGAUGACGUCUGUGUCGCCAUCUGGAGGAAGAAUGAGACGGACUUCACCAUCGAAACACUCUGUCACGAUCCCUCCAAGCCGCUGUACGGCGUCAUGCUCGACGACUACAACACCUCCACCUGCGUGAUGAAGGAGAAGAACACGACGAGCGGGAUGGCUCACUUCUGCUCCUGCACCGAGGAGGAGGAGUGUAACGACCAGCUGGUGUUCUCCCCCUUUGUGGAUCCAACGCCAGACGAUCCGAUGGUGUCUGUGCUGCUGGUGAGCCUGCUGCCCCUGCUGCUGAUGCUCACCUUGGUCGCAGGAAUUCUCUACUGGUACCGAACGCACCGGCGUGGUGCACUCAACCAAGAGUGGGACAACACCAUCAAGAAGCGCAAGCCAAGAGCCGGCGGACUGGACUGCAGCGACGCCUGUGCCAUCAUGAUGGAUGAUGACAGGUCAGAUAGCAGCUCCACCCACGCCAACAACCUGAACCACAACACUGAGCCACUGCCUAUAGAGCUGGACCUGCUGGUGGGCAAAGGACGCUUCGCUCAGGUAUUCAAGGCUAAGCUGAAGCAGACGACGUCAGAUCAGUUUGAGACUGUGGCUGUGAAGAUUUUCCCCUCGGAGGAGUACGCCUCCUGGAAGAACGAGAAGGACAUCUUCUCCAAAACAGACCUGCGACACGAGAGCGUCCUCCACUUCCUGACGGCGGAGGAGAGGAAGGUGGAGAAGCAGUACUGGCUCAUCACUGCAUUCCACCCCAGAGGAAACCUACAGGAGUACCUGACACAUCAUGUAACCAGCUGGGAGGAGCUGCAGGUUCUGGCCGGCUCUCUAGCUCGGGGUGUCGCCCACCUCCACAGCGACCGUCUCGCCUGUGGACGCCCCAAGGUUCCCAUCGUCCACCGUGACCUGAAGAGCUCCAACAUCCUGGUGAAGAACGACCUGACGUGCUGCUUGUGUGACUUUGGCCUGGCACUGCGUCUGGACAGCAGCCUGUCUGUGGACGACCUUGCCAACAGUGGACAGGUGGGUACAGCACGUUACAUGGCUCCAGAGGUUCUGGAGGCCAGACUGGAUCUGGAGAACACCGAGUCCUUCAAGCAGACUGACAUCUACUCCAUGGCCCUGGUUCUGUGGGAGAUGACGUCCAGGUGUGAGGCUGUAGGAGAGGUGAAGGACUACGAGCCUGCGUACGGCUCCAAGGUGCGAGAGCACCCGUGUGUGGAGAGCAUGAAGGACAACGUGCUGAGGGACCGAGGACGACCGGAGAUCCCCGACGCCUGGAUCAGGCACCAGGGCGUGGCGGGGAUCUGCGCCACGAUACAGGAAUGCUGGGACCACGACCCCGAGGCCAGACUCACAGCCCACUGCGUCGCCGAACGCAUUUCCAAGAUGGAGGAGGAGAUGGACAAGCUCUCCAGCCGCAGCUCGUCGGCGGAGAAGAUCCCUGAGGAGCUGAAGAUCUCGAUAGAAGUGGAUAUCCCGGAGCGAGAGGUGAAAAUCGUAGAAAUACAGAACGUCUUUGCUGCUCCGUGACGGCAGAGCUCCUGCAGAAGUCCGUCGAGACAUUUCAACAAGAGCACUUCAUUCUACUUCGACGGGAUCUUUUAAAAGUGAUGAUUCAGGAGCUGAGUUCCUGCAGGACAAUGGAGCCCGACUGUGUGUCAGUAUCAUGCGUACAGGGAAGUGUUAUCCAGCAGAGAUCAGACCCUGAUGUGGGUUAGGGCACGGACACAGUUCAUGUCAGACAGGCGUCGUUGCAGUAAACCAAAGACAUUUAAUGUGCACUUUAUCAUUUCAUAUACAUAUUGACGCAUCACAGAUGUGUUUCAUUUUAAUAUCUUCAUGUAUUAUGACAUGUUGGAUGAAAUCUUUUUGCCAAAAAGUGUCUUUGUGACGAAAAGUUGGAUGAGAUGUCGCAUUAACACUAAUGAUGCUGCGGACUCUGUGUGUGUGUGUGUGUGUGUGUGAGAGAGAGAGAGAGACCAAGUUGUUUUUUUACCCAGCUAUACUUAACAACAAAUAAACAAGCACAAUGUACAUAUGGACAAUAACUGUACAUAAGAGACGAAUCAGUCAAAAAGGGAAAGUAAACCUUCGCCGUUUCCUUUAGUGCAGAGAUUUAAAAAAACAUGUAUGUUGUAUGUUUUCUGUCUGUAGCAGCAGGAAGCUUGUGCCAAAGAUCUUAACACACUUCGUCACAUGUACAUUAUUGUAGAUCUCUGUUAAAUUAAAGAUAUUUCUGUAAACUGUUUCUCUCGUGCUCCAUCCGAGAGACGGGAUGAAGCACAGAAGACGUUUGUCCCGUCGAACUCGUUCCUUAACGUAUCCUUUCAAUUCAGUUUCAGUCUCCUCCUCCUGCCGUUCGUUUCGUCCCAUUCCAGGUUUGUCUCCUUCAUUCCUGUUGCCCUUUAUUCAGAAGCAACAGAGUAACAGGUUACGUUACAUGGUCAGAUAUUGUAGCUAGAAACAGCAGCUCCAAAGUGUAUAAUGUUGUAUAAUAUGUUGUAGUGAGUGUGUGUGUGUGUGUGUGUGUGUGUGUGUGUGUUCCCCUCCAGCUCUCUGGCUCAGUCUCGUUCUUUCCAUCUCAAAGCCUCACUUCCAACCCUAACCCUCUUUGUUGGCAUCGCCGACUCUCCGCGGAGCCAAACAUCCUGUGUCCAGAAUUAACUCGUGGCCUUUCUUCGUUCACUUUGUCCUCAGUGGUGAAGCACGUCGUAUGUACAGUACAGUACAGUUCUCUCUCUCUCUGAGAUCCGUCCGUGUGUUUACAGAUUACAGUUCUUCCAGGUGUAAUGCACCUGCCUUGCUCUGGGUCAGGGUCAGGGAUCCCUGCUUGCUUUUCCUUCCCUGUGUUUAACAGAAUUUAACUCUGUGAAGCACAAUGAUGUGGAUACGCGUCAGUUAUAGGUUUUACAGUGUUUAACAGUGUAAUCACUGAAAAAAAAAUUCUUCACUGCAGUGUACAUGGAAAGAAAUCUUCCAGUACCUCAUGUCUGCCCUCUGGUGGGGAAAAAAUCCUCUUCUUUACGGCACAGUUUUUCAGCAAGUAAAUACCGUUAUGAUCAUAAACUGUUAUGAUCACUCCAUGCACUCGGCUUCUUGACGUACAUCCGUUUCUAAAAUGGCGACUGUUAGCUCUCUUGGUGGCUCCGGCGCCCCAUGUACGGAGGCUGGAGUCCUGCCGCAGGUUCGACUCCGACCCUGGUCCUUAAUCUAUAAGUCGCUUUGGACAAAAGUGUCUGCUGGAUGAAUGUAAUGUAAAAAACAAUGCAGAUCGUCUGUUUCCUGUUUCUGUGUUUACUCACUACUUCAUUCAGAGUUUUGUCUCGAGUGUUACGCAGGAAAAUGUCCAAAACGGGACAUUUUCAAAAACAGAUGAAGAAGAACUCGCUGCUCCGUCCCACUUUGUUCGGACGGAGUGAGAGGAUGUUCCUUCAUGAAUCAAGAACAUUCAAACCUCUUCCUUUACUGCAUGUGAAUAUAAAUCUCUGAUAUUUCGUGAAUUGCAGGACCUCUUCAACCCCAGUGGUAAAUCCAAUUAAAAUCAAUUCAAUAAGUCAUCGAUCAUGUGAAUGAUAUUCACAUAUUUCUUUUCGUACUGUACUUUACUGUACUUUUCAUUUCACCAUGACACCACAUCCUUUGCAAAGUCCGGGACUGUCACUGUAAACCUUGCUUGUGCCGUGCAAUAACAGAAAAAUGUUGUGAUACGGACUCGGUGGCCUUAUGAAAUUAUCGACCAAAAAUGUUGCAAUAUGCAUGUCGUUGUGCACACAACCACUGGGCUUAACCAUCUCCUCCUUCAGGAUACAUAUUUGUUUUACAGGCAGCCACGUUGCUUUGUGAUGCUUCGGAGAGAAAACAAGAGCGAACAAAUAAAUGAGUCACGAGGAAAUGGAAGAGGAAACAGGCAGGCUGGCAUAACAUUAUGUCGAGGACCAAUAGAAAUUAGAGUUACAGAACAAAGUAUUAGUGUUGACGUGUUUAAGAACUACUUAUCUAAUGACUGAACUGUGGUUGUGGUAAUUAAGUAAUUAAAGUAAUGAGAUGUGAUUGA